GAUCCCCUGUGCUCUCAGGACACGACACCCGACGAGCUGCUGGCUGCUGUGAUGACAGCUGUCCUCCAGGAUGUCAACCUCCGUCCUGAGGUCCUGGGAGACAUCUGUGUGGGGAACGUGCUGCAGCCUGGAGCUGGUGCCUUGAUUGCAAGAGUUGCACAGUUUCUGAGUGGUAUUCCAGAGACAGUUCCGUGCUCCAGUGUGAACCGGCAGUGCUCCUCAGGUCUACAGGCCAUUAUCAAUAUAGCUGGUGGCAUCCGAAAUGGAUCGUAUGACAUUGGCUUGGCCUGUGGUGUGGAAACAAUGUCCCUCAGAAGUGCAAAUAAUCCUGGUGAUAUCAGUUCCAGCAUGAUGGACAACAGCAAAGCUCGAGACUGCCUUAUUCCUAUGGGAAUAACCUCAGAAAAUGUGGCGGAGAAGUUUGGGGUUUCCCGGAAGAAGCAAGAUGCCUUUGCCUUGGCUUCCCAGCAGAAAGCAGCAAAAGCUCAGCAGAUGGGACUGUUUAAAACUGAGAUUGUUCCAGUGAAGACCACUGUUACGGAUAAUCAGGGCAACCAAAAAACAAUCACAGUGAACCAAGAUGAAGGGAUUAGGCCCUCCACGACCCUGGAAGGCUUGGCCAAGCUGAAACCUGCCUUCAAAGAGGACGGAAGCACUACAGCAGGUAAUGCCAGCCAGGUCAGCGAUGGAGCAGCUGCUGUUCUCCUGGCAAAACGCUCGAAGGCAGCUCAGCUGGGACUCCCAGUCCUGGGGGUGCUCCGGUCCUUCGCUGUGGUGGGGGUCCCACCUGAUGUGAUGGGCAUUGGGCCGGCUUAUGCCAUCCCUGUUGCUGUGGAAAAGGCAGGUCUGACUCUGAAUGACAUUGAUAUAUAUGAAAUUAAUGAAGCCUUUGCAAGCCAGGCUGUGUACUGUGUUGAAAAGCUGGGCAUUCCCAUGGAGAAGGUGAACCCCCUGGGAGGAGCGAUAGCACUGGGGCACCCCCUGGGCUGUACUGGUGCUCGCCAGGUCGUCACUUUGCUCAACGAGCUGAAGCGUAGAGGGAAGAGAGCCUAUGGAGUUGUGUCCAUGUGCAUUGGAACUGGCAUGGGUGCUGCAGCUGUGUUCGAGUACCCGGGAAAGUAACUCCAGUACUGACAGAACAACACAACAGCUCAUUCUCUGCCUUCCCUAGUGAUAGCAACUGAUUUGCACUGUGAAAUCAAGUGAGAUUCAUUACUAGAUUUACAAAUUUUAGGCAGAAAUUGUGAAGUAGAAUUAGUGGAACAGCUCUGCUAAGCAGGUGGGGACAUGCAAAACUAGCCCGUGGCUUCCAGACGUGAGAAAUUAGCUCAGCUGAAGUUCAACUACAGGCCCUGAUCUGCUGAUUAUGAAUUAAUAUUUUUAAAUUAAUUGAUCUCUUUAUUCUGUGAAUAUUAUCAAAGAGAAGUAGUUCACAGGACAGUAUUUUUGUAUGGCAAAUUGUCUAAAAGGGUCACUCAAAAUGAAAACAUCAGUGCACAUGAAAAGGCUUUUCCAGGUGGGUGGUUUGUUUUGGUUUUUUUUAAGAUUUAACCAUUUUUCAAGAAGUUUAAAACAGCUUGUUUUGAAGCAAAGACUUGAGAUUUCCUUUACAACUGUGUCUGUUGUAUGCAAGUCAUAAGCUGUGUGUGUCUGACAAUGUCCCUACAGUGGAGGAUGUGCUGUAGCUUGCUGCUGUUGGAGUUGCUCUGAAGCCUCCAGUGGGGGAAAGUGGAAGGACUGGAAUGUGAUCUCCAAGGAAGUGCCUGAAUAGAAAGGUCCUGUUGGAUUGCUAGAAGCCAGAAAUUUGGAAGUGGCCAUUCCAUCUUUUACAGCACAUGUCUAAUUAUCUGUUUGCAUGACUCUAUGGAUAAGCUUGUGCCCAAUCUUAUUUACUUACCUAACAUAAAGCAAAGUUCAGCAUUACACUUACUGCAAGCACCACAUGAACAUCAGUGACAGCUCAGUCCUUCAGCACUAACACAAAUGUGUGUUAGAUCUUGUGUCUUCUGUCAUCCCUUAUCUGUUCUCUCUGAUCUGAACAGGAAGAUCACUGAAGCUCAGAGUUAAUGGCUUGAAAAAGAAAUGUACUCAUUGACUUUGAUGUGUUAGAAAUGUUUAAGUUUGUAACAAACAGAAGUUCUUUGUCCUGACUCUUGUUUUUGCACUUAAUAAUACAAUUGGGUUCUUGCAAUACAUUUGUUUCCUUUUUAUGAUGGUUGUUAGUUGAAGGUCAUGAUGAGUUAGAGCUGUUUGAUAUCUCACAUUCCCAUGCUGUAGCCUCUCUCACUCAGCAAUCAGGCUGUAUUUUAGAGCCAAAAGAUGGAAUUAUUUAGAGGGGUUAAAGAGGCGUUAGCAUCCUCAAGAGUCUUUUCACACUGAGGUUCCUGUGUAUAACCUGAGUUGCUCUGUAUGAGCUGUCAUGCAUUUUCUGUUCUUCUCCUGUGUGGAUCCCUGCCCCUUCCCACACACACUGCCUUUGACAAAAACCUUUUAUGUGAGGGGAGUGGAAAACUUUAACAGGCUCAGAAGUGGGAAUUUCAGUGACCUUUAGCUAAAAUAAUACUAAAAACACUUAAAAAGAAGUGAGUAAAUGGGAACCAUGUGGGGGGAAAGAAUGAAGAGGAAUAAGGGUUCCUCCCUCUGUUGCUGUAGGGGAUGUUCUCAAGACCCAAGCAUGAUGAAACAGGCAGGUUGGUAAUUUUCCAAGGAGUCCAGGGAAAGCUGGCUCUUCUCCUUUUCAUGUAAGGCAUCGAGAAAAGAACCUGGGGAAUGCUGGCCUAUUCACCAGUUCUUGCUUUUAUUAUGUGUCAAUGUCCAUUUUAAUGUCAAACAAAUAAACGAGGCAAAGCAAAAGCUACUUUAAGCUAGGAACAGUCUUUAGCUGUAAUUUGAGGUGUGCUGGGCCAUGCAAAGGGCUUUGACCAGACUUACACAGCUGCUUUGCAACUUAAAACCUUGUUCUGUGGCUAAUGCUAAGCUUAUCACAGCAAUAAAAGCAACAGCAUAGGAUGAAUUUAUGACUGGUACCAUGAGAAUUUUUUUCUUCCUAACUUAAAUUUUCAUUCUGCUAAAAUUCCAGUCCCUAUUAAAAGAACAAAAGUAGACGAAAAUACAGGCUCAGCUGCAUUCAGCCUGUUACCUUGACCUUUGUUCCACACUGUCUUGUUUAAAGGUCGUCAUCAUUCCUCUUGUGCAUUCCUCGUCCUCUGAUGUGCAGCUUGCAAGGCUUCUCUCCCAGCACUCCAGCAAUGGUCACAAGAGCUUCAUAGUCAGUGUUGCUCCUAAAGCACACAGCAAAAAGACAGUUCAGCUACAGCAACAUGCAGUUCUGUGUGGAGGAGAAAGGGGAGAAUGGUGUCCUAAGAGUGCUCCAAGUCACAAUCACAGGUUCUUAACAUUAGUGUCAAGUCCAGGUGACAGUCUUACUUCCCAGGGCCGUGCCCCACAGGUACAUACAGGGUGUUGGAAAAGAAUGGUUGAGUCUGUGCCUGAAGACAUUUGAUUAUUAACCUCAUGUCUGUAAGAAGAGUAUCUUUCUACUUGUAAAAUUGUAUUUAAAUAAAUGAAACAAAGCUCUGCUGAGAGCAAACACCUGCA